UCGCGCAGCCUUGCGGCCACCCCAAACCCCCACCAACUCUGCACUAAGCCGUCUUUCAAGGACAAGAUGCUGACGAAUAUACAAAGCAUCUUAUGGAUGUGUUCUACCUUAAUAGCAACCCAUGGGCUACGUAAAGUCAAUGCAGAAAAACAGGCCGCUGUUAAGGGCUCCCUUUCUGCCAAAGUCAGCCUGCCUUGUCAUUUUUCAACCAUGCCUACUUUACCACCCAGUUACAGCGCAACCAGUGAAUUUCUUCGCAUCAAAUGGUCUAAGAUUGAAGUGGACAAAAGUGGGAAGGAUUUAAAGGAGACUACUGUUCUAGUGGCCCAAAAUGGGAACAUCAAGAUUGGCCAGGACUACAAAGGGAGAGUUUCUGUGCCGACACAUCCUGACAACGUGGGUGAUGCCUCACUCACGGUGGUCAAGCUCCGCGCAAGUGACGCGGGCCUUUACCGCUGCGACGUCAUGUAUGGGAUUGAAGAUACCCAAGACACCGUGUCCCUGGUUGUGGAAGGCGUGGUGUUUCAUUACCGGGCUUCGACCAGCAGGUACACUCUGAAUUUGGAGCAAGCCAAGGAGACGUGUUUAAGUGUUGGGGCAGUCAUAGCCACACCGGAGCAGCUGCAGGCCGCCUAUGAAGAUGGGUUUGAGCAGUGUGAUGCAGGCUGGCUGGCUGACCAGACCGUUCGAUACCCCAUUCGUAUACCCCGAGAAGGCUGUUACGGAGAUAAGAAUGGGAAGGAAGGGAUCAGGACCUACGGAAUCCGUUCUCCUCUUGAGACUUAUGAUGUGUACUGCUACGUGGAUCAUCUGGAUGGUGAUGUGGUCCAUAUCACUGCUCCUGAUAAAUUCACCUUCGAGGAAGCAGACGCAGCGUGUGAAAGCCAGAAUGGCCGGCUGGCGACGGUGGGAGAACUCCACGCUGCCUGGAGGAACGGCUUCGACCAGUGUGAUUACGGUUGGCUGUCAGAUGCCAGUGUGCGCCACCCUGUGACCGUGGCCAGGGUCCAGUGUGGAGGUGGUUUACUUGGGGUGAGAACCCUGUAUCGUUUUGAGAACCAGACAGGCUUCCCUCCCCCUGAUAGCAGAUUUGAUGCCUACUGCUUUAAACCUAAACAGAAUGUAUCAGAAGCUACAACCAUCGAACUGAAUAUCCUCGCAGACAUUACAUCACCCAGUUUAUCCAAGGAAUCACAAGUAGUACCUGACAGAACUACACCCGUCAUGCCUUUAAUCACUGAGUUACCUCUUCUUAGAACAGAAUUCCCGCCUGUAGGAAAUAUAGUUAAUUUUGAACAGACAGCCCCAGGUCAAUCGCAGACUCUCACAGAUAGCUCAGCCACAGAAUCACCCAUGCCUCUUGGGAGUACCAAGAAGCCUUUGGAUGUGGAUCACCUGCCUUCUGCACUAGGGCCACAUGGGAAGCCUGACAGAUCUGAAAUUAAGGAAGAAGUGGCCAAAAGUACAACUGUUAUCUCUCAUCAUACUACUGAUGAAUGGGAUGGUAUCACAGAAGACACACACGCUGAAGAAAGGGUUACACCAUUUGAACAAAUAGAAGUGGGUCCUUUGGUAACUUCUGUGGAAAUCCCAAAGCACACUCCUUCUAAGGAAUCCUCAGUAACAGAAACUCCAUUUCUAGCCACAAGAAUGACCGAAGAGCCCAAAACUGAAAAGGAAGCAGUUAGCACUCUUUCUGAGUCAGUGACCACAAGAUUCCAUGGAUUCCCCUUGCGAAGUGAUGACGUUGAAAGCAGACCGCUUACAGUUAGACCCAGUGAGGGCACCGUGGUCUUUAGCCAAAUACCUGACGUUAUUACCGUGUCCAAGAUUUCAGAAGACACCACCCCGACUCAACUGGAGGAAUCAGAGUCCAUCUCGGCUUCCACAAGUGUUUCAUCUCUUACUGUGCUUGACAAUGACUUAUCAUCCGUGGACAGCAGGGAAGAGACACAAACUACUGGCAGGAUAACGGAGGCUUUCAGGGGCGAGCAUGUAUCUACUACGCCUUUCCCACCACAACAUCAGACAGAAGUAAAACCGGUUCCUUUUACUAGUGAGAAAAAGUUGACAGAGGGCAAAACAACAGUUAUUUACGCAUCUUCGCACACAGAAAUGACACAAGAAAGCAAAAGAAUGGAAACACAAAGACCAGGAAUUAGAACAGAUGCGUACACCAGUGCUGAAAUGCAGGCAAAAAUCACCAAACAUCCAUCUACUGGAAAAACAGAAGAGGAAUUCUUCUCUGGAAUGAAGGUUUCCACAACCCCCUCAGAGCAAAUCCGUCCUACAGGCUAUUCUGUGGAAAUGACCCAAGGUUUUGAGUCUCUGGCACCGACAGCAAAGCCAAGUAUGCCGCCCAUAGAAGACAAAGAUGCGGAGGAAUUUAUAACGCCUCCAGUUGCACUGGAAACUGAUGGCGCUCAAGAUACGACCAAGGAUGGUGAGGGUUUUACAGCAGGGUAUUUGACUCACAGUCCUUUACAUGGCGGAGUGGUCACUGUGUCAAAAUGGUCAGGGGAUGAAGAUGAUACAACAUCAAAGGCUUCUGAGUAUGCGGGACCUGAAGGUUCUCCAAGAUUGGCCCCUGCUGUACUUACAACCGUAGGAGGGAAUGGAAAGAAUGAAACCGCAAGAUCCACUGAGCAUGGAGAUGAAUUUCCUGUCACUUCAGGUGGUACUCACAAGCCACUCAAGGAGAUUACUGAGGGAUACUUAACAGACCAUGGAAAAUUCACAGUUGGGCUUACAGCAACUACACCAAUUAGUAUUGCGGAAAAGUCAACACUGAGAGAUUCUACAACCAAAGAAAGAGUUCCAUCUAUCACAAGACCUGAAGGCCAAGAUGUUUCUAUGACGACUGAAGGAAGUGCUUUGGAGGAAGGAGCAGAUGUGGAUAUCUCUACACUGACGUCGACUAUUCCCCAGUUCAUACCCACUUCAGAUGUGGAAGGAUUGGCAUUUGUUAGGCACAGUAGCACCCAGCAGCCCACUACUUAUGUAGACACUGCCCACACCAUUCCUCUUUCUGUAACUCCCAAGAAAGAAUGGGGCGUUUGGGUAACGUUUGUUCCACCAGAGGAUGAACUAGUAGGUGAGCCCUCUCAAGACAUCCAUGUCAUUGAGGAGACUCGCUCAGAAACAACGAUUGUGCCUGAAACCAGACGAGCGACAACAGAAAUGACACAGGCAACAACUCCGGAAGAAGUUUCCUGGGGACAGCAGACCGCAGAGCUACCGAUUCCAGCUCCCAGUGCUACAACAGGAGCUCCCAAGGAAGAAACUGUGGAUGAGCAGGAGAGGGAUGGAUCAGCAUACCCAAUUCCAGAAGACAGUUGGGUGACGGGUUCUGAGAAAGUCCCCAUUUUAGAAACAACAUCAGUUGGAAAAAUCGAGCAUAAUACGUCCUAUCCACCUGGCACUAUAACUAAGCCCAAAGAAAAACUGGAUGAAAUGGUCACACUAACACCAAGUGUGGGGGCAAAAGUACCUUCACACUCAAGGCCUGAACUAGAACAUGAAACAGGAAGUAUCAGCCCAAGGGAAUUGGAAUCACCUUUUCUCCCUUUCAGCACCCGUGUUACACAGCUGAUAGAAGAAUCCACUACCGAGAAAAGAGUGACGACAUCUCUUGAAGACAGUGAUUUAGGCUCGGGAUUAGUUGAAAAGCCCAAAGCUACAGAGAGCUUUGAAUUUUCAACAGUGAAAGCUCUAGUUCCAAGUGAUAUUCCCACUGCUACCUUUCGCUCCGUGGACGAUAACUUUCACCCAACUUCAACCUCUACACUCUCUCCAACAUCCACUCAGAAACCUCCUCUGAUGGACAGGGAACCCGGUGAAGAGACAACCAAGGAUAUGGUAAUCAUCGGAGAAUCAACAUCGCAUGGUCUUCCCACGAGCCCUGAUGAUAUUAUAGCUAAGGAAACAGAAGCUGAAAUUGAUAGAGAGUAUUUCACAACUUCAAGUGCUUCUGCACAGCCAACAAGACCACCCACUGUAGAAAGCAAAGAGUCCAGCAGACCGCAAGCAUUUUCUACACCAGAACCCCCGCUGGGCCCAAAAUUCCACCCUGACAUAAAUGUUUAUAUUAUUGAGGUCAGAGAAAACAAGACAGGUCGAAUGAGUGAUUUGAGUGUAAUUGGUCAUCCAAUAGAUUCAGAAUCUAAAGAAGAAGAACCUUGUAGUGAUGAACUUGAUCCAGAUCAUGAGCUAAUUGCUGAAAUUUUGCCUGGGUUAUUUGCAAUAGACCUAUACCCCAGUGAAGAAGAUGAUGAGGAAGACGCGGACUGUGCAAAUGGUACUGAUGAAACCACCACCCCAUCAGUGACGUACAUCAAUGGGAAGCACCUAGUAACCACUGUGCCGAAGGACCCAGAAGCAGAGGAAGCUAGGAGCGGCCAGUUUGAGAGUGUGGCACCUUCUCAGAAUUUUUCCCAUAGCAGUGGGAAUGACAGUCAUCAGUUUGGCAUAGAUGGAACAAAAUUCUCAAUGGCAGUGAGAGUGCAGCCAAAUGAAUCUCAAGAAUCGAAAUCACUUGAGAUUACAUGGAAGCCUGACUCUUACCCUGAAAUACCAGAACACUUUUCAAGUGGUGAGCAUGAUAUUUUUCCCACAGUCCAAUUCCAGGAGGGAGAAACCACAGAGGGAGCUGACUCAGUCACACACAGCGACCCUGAACCUGAUGAUCUUGCGCAUGAAAAUACUGAACCAAUACUUGUGUUUCCUGAAGAAUCUUCAGGAAAUGCUGACAUGGACCCAGAAUCCCAGAAAGUAGUCUUUCCAAGGGUUACAGAAUUAACACUGGGUGAAGAGGCAAACAAAAGCACGUCCACUACCGGCAUACCAAGCAUAAUUCCAAGUUCUGUGUCAGCCAAGGUUUCAGAAGAAGAAGCAUUUACUGUACCACCAAAUUCCCAGCCACUUGCUUCACUGUCCAGUUACUCCGUGGAAGUAACUUCUAGGCCUAUUGGAGAGCGCUUAGUGAUUCCUUCCAUUCUAAUGCCAGAAGGCUCUGGAGAAGAACAAGAAGAUAAAAAUAAAAUGUUCUCUGUGGUAACUGAUUUAUCCCAGAAAACUACCACAAAUGUACAAGGUACUCCUGUUACUAGCAAGAUAGCGACCACAGAAAGCCUUUCUGAUGUUCCUGUACCCACCUUUUAUUCUGUUUCUGAACAACUGUCUGAAGAAAUAGUGCCUACUGAAGUUGUCAGUGAAACUAGCCCAUCUGAAUGGAUUUUCAGGACGUCCGCUCAUGGAGCGACAGGAAAAGCCGCGGAGGAGCAGAGCGCUCCAAGCACAGCUUCGCUAACUGAGCAGCAGUCACCCACACAGAGAGUCGAUCAGUUAUUUCUGCCCUCUGAAUUAGAAGGCUCAAGUGAAACGACAGCUCAGGAUUCAGCCUCUGCUGGUUGGAAAAGCACGGUGUCCUCAACAGCACCCACGGAGUCUGAAAGGGAACGGACAAGUUUGACUCUUGCCUUUACAGAAACAAAUGCUUUCGACGAGAUGGGGACACAAGGCACUGAGCCAAGCAGUGGGAGUCUACCUGACGUUCAGGGAGGCCUGACCACUGGGCCAGAUAUCCCUGUCUCUCUUUUCAUGGAGCAGGGAUCUGGAGACACUGCUGCUGAUCCACAAGCAACCACGGUCUCUUCAUUUUCAUUAAACUUUGCGCCUGAUAUUCAAACCCCAAAGGAAGCAGCUAGUACUUUGUCUUCUUCUUUGGAAAACACAUUCCCAUCCCAGCCAACAGGAUUCAUUUUGAGCACUGUCACGAAUAGACAGGGGGUCGAAAUGAUAAGUCAGACAGCCCAAGAAAACUUGACCUCCGAGGUCUCGGGAGGGCCAGGUCAUGGGGUAGAAGUUAGUGAUGCUCCUACAGGUUUUCCUGUAGGGGAAGACCCCCGUGGUGAAUUCGGAGACUCUUCAUUGGUAGCUCAUCCCACAACAAAAGGAGACACAAUAGGAACGGACGGCUCUGGAGAUGCAUUGUUUAUGGAGACUCAACCCUCAGCCUCUGCAGUCCCUGCUUCAGGUCACUCCAGUCAGGAGCCUGACUGGGAAGGAGCCAGGGACCGGGUGGUCAGCUCUUCACCCUUUCCUUGGGAAGAAUUCAUGGCUUCAGGUGAGGGCUCAGGUGAGCAACUGAUCUCUACCGGCGGUUCGGUUAGUCAAGUGUUGCCCAGUGCUGUGGGACAAACUUCCGGUACAGUUUUCCCACGUACUCACCAAGGUGUGGGAGAACUGGGAGCUGCCACGGAAGCGGUUGAGAGAGUCACGGUUGUACCAACAGCAGAAGCUGAAAUACCAACAGAAGUGGGAGAAGGAAUGGCCGAGGGCACAAUUUCAGCAGACUUUGCCCAAACUUUGGAGCCAGCCAAUUUAUGGUCCAGGGAAGAAGUCAACCCCGUAAAACAAGGCAUGGCAAACCAAACCGCAUCAGCGGAAAAGACCAAAGAACAGGAGUCUUUUGGAUCUCCUCAAAGCUCUGUGACACCAGAACCAGCAGGUUUUGAUCCACAGACAUCCACUGAAACCACACUCCUCACCACACAUUAUUCUAUGCUGGCAACGAAGAAAAUUGAUAGUCGUGACAAUGACCGGGAGGGGGAAGUCACUCCCUUAGGACAUGUGACCACACCAGGUCCACAGGGCUUGGAGCCGUUCACUGCUGUCUCAGAAGCUACUGAGAAAUCACAUUUUCCCUCAACUACCGCUUCACUGACUGAAUCUAUACCAUCUGAAAGUAUCGUUACAGAUUCACCAAUCAAAGAUGAAGAGGUUAUGAAACUCUUUCCCCAAGUGGUGGGCCCACCCACCAAAGUGUCAGACACCGAUCUCAUAUUCUCUGGGCUGGGAUCAGGAGAAGAUGCUGUACCUACUCUGACUACAAGAACAGUGAAUUUUACUGAACUGGAGCAAAUCAUUAGCACAUUGUAUCCCCAGACAUCUCCAGGAGGAAGUUUAGAAACAAGAGUCUCAAGUGAUGAGAGGGACGACGACCAGGGAAUGGACAAUGUAGCCCGUGAAGUGAGAACACUCAUUCCCCAAACCGGCAGCACCUCUGUGGGUGGCCAGACCACAGCCAGCUCCACCGUAAGGGGGAUUUUAAGUGCUAGCAGAGCAGAAGGCCCCACAGGGACGUCCCUCACCUUCCCCGCGGACACCGCCCAUCCUCAAAAUCAGACCCUUGGGUGGGAGAAAGAAGCCCAGACCAGUAGAGCACAGACGAUGGCUGGGCAGGUCUUCGAUAAGACCGCUUCCACAGCAGACACAAAAUUAGAAACCGCAACCUCUCCUGCUGUUCUGACGAGAAUGCUUGUUCUUGAAACAACCGGAGGCUUUGCGACACCAGCACCAUCCGACUUGUCUGAUGAACAUUCUGGGGAAGGAUCCGGGGAGUUCGGUAUGGUUGAUUUAGUCCACACUUCCGGAGCUCCGCAGGCGACCGGGCCAGAAAGCACCACAUUUGUGUGGAGGGGGUCCCCAGGAAAACAUCCCGAGGGGCCUGGUGUGAAAGUGGUUGCUGCUGAUGGAUUCCCAACCAUUUCCGUGGUGCUUUCUCUUCCCUCAGAGCUGAAUGCAAGCUUUCCUGACUCAAGUAGUGCCCCUUCCCACCCACAGAUGUAUGAGAGCCCCACAGAGGGCGCUGCAGGCAUUUUUUCAGAGGGUUUCCAAGUAUUUGAGAAUCCCACCGUAAAGCCCAACAGAAGAAAAGCCACUGAAAAUAUUAUUCUAGAUCUGGACAAUGAGGAUAGAGAUUUACUGUUGACAGUUACAGAGCGUACCAUACUGGAAAUCCCACCUGAGCUGACACCAGAUAAAAAUACUAUCAUAGACAUUGAUCACACGAAACCUGGAUAUGAAGACAUCCUUGGAAUGCAACCCGAUCCAGAGGCAGAAGUACUAGGAGGGCCACAGGGCAGUAAUGAAGAAAGAGCCCAAGUUCAAGUGUCUUUACCUGAAGAGCAACUGGAGGGGUCUGGGGACCCUCUUCUAGCCAGCUACCCUCAGGCAACACACAACGAAGCAAGGACAGCUGAAGACCGAAGCCAAGUAGAUCCCCCAGCUCUCCUCUUCACAACUGGAAUACCUGUUCGCAGCACAGACUUAGCUCUUUUCCUUCCCACAGCAGCAUCGCUCCCCGCUCCUAGUCAGGCUGCCACAGUUAAUCCAGAGAUUGGCGAGCCCAAAAUGGAAGCAAAACUCCUGGAUGACAGCUUUGAAUCAAGCACGUUGUCUGAUAGUCAAGCCAUCGCAGACCAAAGUGAAAUAAUUGUGACACUGGGCUAUUUGGAAAGGACACAGGAAGAGUAUGAAGAAAAGAAAGAUGUAGGCCCUUCAUUUGAACCAGAAUCCUCUUCGGGAACUGAGGAAGCAUUGCUAGAUCAGACACCCUACGUAAGUAUGGGCAGUAGCCACCUCGUGACUCAGAGUUUAACUGAAGCACCUGUGGUGCUGGACACAUCCAACCCCACCGGUUAUCCGGAUACAACACUAGCCAUUUCCACUUUGGCAAAGCUGUCCUCUCACACACCAUCCUCUCCAGACACUGUCCACGCAGCCAGUGGGACCUCUGAACAAACAAAGCCACGUGCUCUACCUGGUACAGAUUUGGGAGCAUCUCAAAUGCCGACAGAAGAUUCUGUCAAGCAAUCCUAUGCAAAUAUUGAAGCAACUUUCAAGCCACUAUAUGGCAAGUACUUGCACACAACCGAACCCCCAUUUGUAUCUCCCAGCACGGAAUUAGAACUUUCAGAAGGCCAAAGUACACCUGAGUUUGUAAAAGAAGUGCAAGCUUCUCCCACAGAACUAAUUGCUGAGGCAAGAUUUGAGGUUCUCCAAGACCCCCAUAACCAAACCGACGUGCCACUUCCUGAAGGAGCAGGCCAAGAGCUCCCCAAUCCUAGCAUGCAGGAGGCUGGCAUGGUUGUCACAGCUCCAGGGAAAGUUAACCCAGAAGGUGCUUCACAGUGGCCUCAUUCCACUUCUGCUCCUGCGACUCACAGAGUUGAGACAAGCGUGGUGCCUCAGCCCAGCCCACCAACUACUGAGAAGCCCACUGUUCCUUCUCUGGAAGUCGACCCCGAAACACAAGCAGCUUUGACCGAAGAGAAGUAUUCCACAGUAUUAGCAAGAGAACAGCAAAUGCCGGUGAGAAUUCUUGAUUCCAAUAAUCAGGCCACAGUAAGCACUGCGGAGCUAAAUACCGUGCUAGCAACACCGUCAUUUUCCCUUUGGGAAACUUCUAAUGAAAGCGAUUUCCUGCUUGGCAUUAAUGAAGAGUCAGUGGAAGGCACCGCAGUCUAUUUAACAGGACCUGAUCAUUGCAAAAUAAACCCAUGCCUUAACGGAGGCACCUGUUAUCCAACUGACACUUCUUACGUGUGCACCUGUGUGCCAGGAUACAGCGGGGACCAGUGUGAACUCGAUUUUGAUGAGUGUCACUCAAACCCCUGUCGGAAUGGAGCCACAUGCAUUGAUGGUUUAAAUACUUUUUCAUGUCUCUGCCUUCCAAGCUAUGUUGGUGCACUCUGUGAACAAGACACGGAGACGUGUGACUACGGCUGGCACAAGUUCCAAGGGCAAUGCUACAAGUACUUCGCGCAUCGACGCACGUGGGACGCUGCGGAGCGCGAAUGCCGUCUGCAGGGCGCUCAUCUCACCAGCAUCCUGUCGCAAGAGGAACAAAUGUUUGUGAAUCGUGGACAGAGCCUGGAGGGCCCCGUGGAGAAGCGUUUGCUGCUGCUGCUGCGUGCUGUGGAGUCGCAAUAUGAGAACUGGAGACCCAACCAACCAGACAGCUUCUUUUCCUCUGGUGAAGACUGUGUAGUAAUCAUCUGGCAUGAGAACGGCCAGUGGAAUGAUGUUCCCUGCAAUUACCACCUCACCUAUACCUGCAAGAAAGGAACAGUUGCUUGCGGCCAGCCCCCUGUUGUAGAAAAUGCCAAGACCUUUGGGAAGAUGAAGCCUCGUUAUGAAAUCAACUCUCUGAUUAGAUAUCACUGCAAAGAUGGCUUCAUUCAGCGCCACCUUCCAACCAUCCGGUGCCUAGGAAAUGGAAGAUGGGCUCUGCCUAAAAUUACCUGCAUGAACCCAUCUGCAUACCAAAGGACUUAUGCUAAGAAAUACUUUAAAAAUUCCUCAUCAGCAAAGGACAAUUCAAUAAACUCAUCAAAACAUGAUCACCGUUGGAGCCGGAGGUGGCAGGAGUCGAGGCGCUGAUCCCUAAAAUGGCGAACAUGUGUUUUCAUCAUUUCAGCCAAAGUCCUAACUUCCUGUGCCUUUCCUAUCACCUCGAGACGUAUUAUCAGUUGUUUGGAUGUCUGGAACCACUGCCCAAUCGUUUUGGAUUGCCAUGCUUCCCCCAAACAUUUGAAAUGACUGUUUUUGGCAUUCCAAAAAAGAGCAGACAAAAAGAAGGAAAAUGAGGGCCGAGGAGAACCAUUUCCAGCCGACCCAAUUUCUCUUGUUUUCUAUUUGCUUCGGGUGCAGACCAUGUUAUAAUGCAUACCAGCCUACUGUACUAUUUAAAAAGCUCCAUUUCAGCACCAACGGCAAUGUAAAUAAGAUGGUUUAAUGUUGAUUUUAAUCCUGUAUAUACAAUAAAAAGUCACGCUGAGGUCAGGCAUAUUUAAUGAUGAUUAUGGAGCCUUGGAGGUCUUUAAUCAUUGGUUGGGCUGCUUUUAUGUAGUUUGUUUAGGCUGGAAAUCGUUUCACUUGCCCUUUUAUAUUUCAGCAAGACUGAGGACGCCUUUUCUUGGACAACUAACAGUCGGGCUGGGGGUCACUGCACUCUGCCAAAGGGGCAGUGUGCUUCCACGCCAUGUCGCCGAUGGGCUCCUGAUGGAACUAGGGACUACCAUGCAAGUUCUUCUUUGCUGCAUUCCUUUUAUCUUCAACUAAAAAAAAAAAGGGCCUGAAUGGGGGAACUUUUCUAGAGCCAAGAGCAUUUUUUAGGGGUCAAAGUGCUAAUUAUUAACUCAACCAGGUCUACUUUUUAAUGGCUUUCGCUACAUUAACUCACAAGGUCACAGAUCAAUGCAUUUCAAAUGGGUACAGACCCAGGACUCUGGAGGGCUGGGGAGGGAGGGGGUUGUUAAACAACGACGACGACACAUGCAAAGAAAGGAAUUUUGUAUAUAUAACCAUUUUAAUCUUUUAUAAAGUUUUGAAUGUUUAUGUAUGAAUGCUGCAGCUGUGAAGCAUACAUAAAUAAAUGAAGUAAGCCAUACUGAUUUAAUUUAUUGGAUGUUAUUUUCUCCAAGACCUGAACAUGGACCUAGUGUGCUAGGUAUUUUCCAGUGUUAGCUUUUAUCCUUCCCUCACAUUGUCUGGAACCGUAUAAUGUAGGUACUUUGUCCCUGAUUGAGUAAUGUGAUGGCUAGGAUGCAUCAAGUGUUUCUUAUUACAAGAGUGGAAAAGUGUAUCGCUUCCAGCAAACGGUGUUCUCGUCCUCUAAGCAAGGAGCAUAGAAGUAGAUAGAGUCUCGGCAUUUCUUCCCGGUAGGUGGAGUGUGUGUUGAACUUUCUCCCUAUCUCUUCCCACUCUGUCUCACCCCUUUCUUUGCGUAAAGUAACUGCUGAAGAUGACUUUGAAUCAUUAUCCACUCAAUUUAAUGUUUAAAGAAAAGCCUGUAAUGGAAAGAAGGCAUUUAGCAGUCUUGCCCUAAUUUAACUUGGAGCGACCUUCAGGAGGGUAGACCAGAAAUAAAAUCAAAGUAGGGAAAGAACAAACUGGUUGACUCGGUGCUGCUGCUUUUUCAGGAAACCACCUGUAGCUCAGAAGGAGCAACAGUAACCACAGCCAUGCACAGUGUUUCCACAGCAAGUCUCCUCCCUCGACCGACCGACGACGCAUUAACUGUAACCCAAAUGUUAAGUGUUCUAGAGCAUAGACAACACUGUGUUGACCUAAUCAGGUUAUAUAUUUUUCUCUCUUUUCCAUUACAAUGCACAUAAUACUUUCUUGUAUUUAUAUUAUAACUUGUAUAGUGUACAAUGUGAAUGACUUUUUUUGUGUGUGCGUGAAUGAAAAUCUAAAACUUUGUAACUUUUAUAUCUGCUUUUUGUUUCACCAAAGAAACCUAAAAUGCUUCUUUUACUAUA